AUGCCUCCCAAGUUUGCUAGUGACCGUGGGCAACGUGUUGACAUUGAAUUGGUUGUGCCCAUUGCAGGUGACUCAUCGGAGGUCGGCCUUGACUUUCUUGCUAUUGCUGCUGAUGCUGCCCUAGGUCUUCCAGCAGCGCAGCCUCUUGCUUCGCCUGUCCUAGGCACAUUUGACACGGCUGCCGAUGCCUCUCCACCACUUCCAGCAGCGCUACCUCCGACUUUUCUUAUCCUGGGCACAUCUGACAUGGCUGCUGACACCUCUCCACCACUUCUAGAAGUGCUACCUCUAACUCCUCUUAUCUUGGGCACAUCCGACAUGGCUGUCGGGGCCUCUCCAUCACUUACAACAGUGCUUCCUCCUAUUCCUCCUAUCCUGGGCACAUCCGAUAUGGCUGCCGACGCCUCUCCACCACUUCCAGCAGUGCUUCCUCCUAUCUUGGGCACAUCUGAUAUGGCUGCCGACACCUCUCCACCAUUUCCAGCAGUGCUAUCUCCUACUGAGAUCAUUGAAGAUAGCCACAAGGAUGUUGAUGCUUUUAUCGCAGGUACCUUCGAUAGGCAUUCAUCCGAGAAAAGCAUGUCUUGGCAGGAUUGGGAAAAUUCCUUCACGGCAUUUAGAGCCCUUUUCGAUGGCGGUGUCACAAUUCUUCGGUCCAUUGACGAGCUUCUUCCGCUUUACCACAAAUUCAACGGUUAUGUGGCAUUCCAAGGCGCACUUGUGUAUCCAAAGACGGUUGCAGUCUUGAGAAAAUUCAUGGAUAAAUAUGGGAGUUUCAUGGAAGCUUCCGACAUCACCUAUUCUUUCUCAAGGUGUGUUGCCUUUAGAGCCCUUGGCUUAGUGCUUCACGGGAUAGGCACCAUGCAGCUUCUUGAUAUCAUUGAUCACAAACUAUUUUGCUGGCAGGACGCGAUAUGUGAGGCCAUAACUCUAGGCUUUCAUAUGGACUUCCUUCUCAACCUUGUGAAGGACCUCGCGCGUGCCGUCUUCGGAGCGCGGGCCAUUCAUAGUAUGGCGUUAUCACAUGGUUCUGAUGAGAUAAGAGCUGCUGCCAACUCCUUGAAUUUUAAACAGCGAGAAUUAGAGGACAAACACCAGGAAUUACAUGCCCUCAUUCUUGCUAAAGGUGUUUCUGCUGACAGUGCUGAAUGCGUGGCGGAAGCAGCAGCCAGAGCGUCUCCUAGGGCUUCCUCCGUCUUCUUCAGGCGUUCCCCAUAG